AUGAUUGCCUACUAUACAGCUAACCUGGCAGCAUUUUUGACAGUUUCUCGGCGUGUGCCGCCCAUUAAAGGGUGGGAAGACCUGCUACACUCGGACAUCGAAUAUGGCUCUCUCAAUUCUGGAUCGACAAAGGGCUUUUUUCUCCACACACGACUUGAACCAUUCCGAUCUAUGGGCCGUCGUAUGGUACAAAAUCCACAUUGGUUCGCUGACUCCGUUCAAAAUGGUGUCGACCGAGUCUGGCGUUCAAAGGGCAAAUACGCCUUUGUGCUUGAGUCUCUUAUGAAUGAAUAUUACAACAACAGGGACCCCUGCGAUACGAUGAUGGUUGGUGAACCAUUCGGUAAUAAUGGCUACGGUAUUGCCCUGCCUAGAAAAUCCCCGUUUAAGGAAGAGAUCAGUCUAGCUAUCGCUCGUCUCCGCGAAGCUCAAGUUCUCUUCAGCCUACGCAAAAAGUGGUGGAUCGAGCGUGGACAGUGCAACGACGUCGACGAACAGUCGAGUUCUGAAGCCUUGGCUCUAAUCAACGUUGCCGGCGUCUUCUAUAUCCUCACAGUUGGCUUGAUCCUAGCACUAAUCACCUCAUUAGUAGAACUGCGUCUUCACCAACACCGUCUUAGGCGCCCACAACUUCCCUCCGACGGGUCACAUGCUUUGAUUUCACAUGUACAUAUUCACAGCCCCAAAAAGGUCAUAUGCAAUAAAAUCCUCCCAACGCAAAAUAUUGAACAUAGCCUAACUUCCAAGGGACUGGAGGAGAAAAAUCAUCUGAAUCGUGAAUCUGCCGAGAUCCACUCGUCCAAUCCUAGCCAGCUGAGAUGGAACCCGAAAAGGUCACUUUGCACACCCCUAAACUGGACGCGAAGGUAUUUAAGAGGGGGCGGAGUGGCGAUUUCCAAAGCAAACGACAAUAGAGUGACUGGAAAUGAAAGUGACGAUCCUGCACGGUUUUCCACAAUACGCAACUCGACAAUUACUCUGGCGACCGAGUUGAAUCGCAGCAUAGUUGGCGAGACAGGAAAUUAUGACUUUCAAAACCAUCCGGCUUCAGAAGCUAAGCUAUCUACAUCAUGUCUGAUCCAUUCAACAGGAGUGAUCAAUUUGCUUGCUCAAAAGCAGGGCCUAAUCAUAAAUGGAGAAGACAUUUGA